AUGACCCCACGAGCCAACCAUCUGUACAGCAAUGGCCCUGAUAUUCAACGCGCGUUUGGAGUUGAUAGUCUCCCUCUGACGAUCGUCGCCCAUAUCAUCUCCUACCUGGAAGACGAUAUCGCAUCUCUCGCUCGACUAUGUCGGACCUCACGUGUCCUCCUCUACAUGACCCUACCACAUCUGUGGAAAAAUGUGAGGUUAAAAUCAUACAGGGCCAUCCGCUACAAGGAUGAUUUGCCUGAAGGAUUUGGCGGGGCGAGUCCGUUCGCAAUGGGCCUCAACACCUUGCUCAACAGGAACGUGUCUCGCUUGGUGCAUCAAUUGAGUCUAGAGGGCGAGUUUGGCGUGGGCGACGUGGAUGAAUAUGCGAAAGCCGGUCGUGUGCCCGAAGGUGCUAUGAUCCUGAACAUUGCCAUUCGCGCGGCUCUGGAGCAGUGUACACAACUCAGGAGUUUGAGAUGGGAUCUAAACGUCCGGCGACAACCCAAUGUUUAUGCAAGCCUUGCAACCCUGCCCAUGCUGGAAAGUCUGUGGCUCAGGUUUCCAAACAACAGGUCGCCGCAACCGCUGGUCGAGGCGCCUGCUCUGCCGAACCUCAAGUCUCUCACCAUCACUCAUUACGAUCCUCUCUGUUCUCCCGACGACCUCGCGAACCUGUUCUUCCAUGCGACCAACCUGAACACUCUCAACUUACACUUUUCUCCCCGGAUGAGGGAGCAAGGCGAGACGUCCGUGAUGAUUACUCAGUUUUUCAGGAAGAAUAUAGCGGCCAAGAGGAAGCUCCGGCUCAGGAAAAUCGGUCUUUACAACCUCCUUCCUUACAUAGAUAUGCCGGAAUGCUUGGAAGCGCUCGAUCCUACCGUGUGCGAGGACUUCACCGCCUUGAAUACUUUUGGUAUGGACGAAGACCAAUUGGGCGGCCGCCAUCACGCUACCCACUUCAUUGACCGAGCCUGGAUGGUGCCACUAGAAGCGAACUCCAGACCCAAGAAUCCGAAAUCCCUCCGCCUGGACCAGCUGCACAAGCGCCAUGCUUUGGACCUUGGCGCUUCGGCCGGCCUUGAACGCUUGUAUCUCAUCAAUGCUCGCUACAGGUCCGAGGGAGCGGAUGGGGCUGUUCAUUCAACACCGAACUCCACAGGAACGUCCCCUCGGCAUCCUAAUAACACGUCUUCUGUUACGCAAACGGCAAGGAACACACCAUCGCCCAGCACCAAUCUUCGUGACCUGUACAUCGACAACAUCUGCAACGUUUGCGGCCCGACGCUAAAACAUCUGAUUCUGCCCGCUCGAUGGCUGCUUCCCACCGCCGUCACCGCUCGGCUCAUUAGAGCAUGUCCCAACCUCACGCAGCUGAGCGCGGCCAUUCAAUGUGCGGACUACGAUGUCCUCCGCAUUCUUGUCCCGUUCCUGUCCAAACUAUGGGCGAUACGUGUGCUCGCUCCUUAUGGGGACAUUGAGUGCCCCGAGGACCGCGACCGGGUUGGCACAACCCAGAAGCAGCAGCCAUGGCGGAACGCUGCCAUUGACCUGACGGACUGUGGGCAGCAGGAGCGGAUCACCCAAGUGUUGGGACGGAGCCUUGGCGGCGCAGAGAACGAUUUCCCCAAGCUGCGGUACAUUGGAUUGGGAAACAAUGUCUUCAAAGUCGGCGGCGUUGUUGAAGAGGUGGUGCGCCUACCUGCUCACACGACAUUGCAGGAUUGGUAUGGGGACUGCGACGGUACACAGCGAGCGGUCGAGGGUGACGACGGCACAAACGGCACCACAGCAAACGGCUGGCGCGAAGAGGUUGUUCGUACACGCCUAGUGGAGCGGGUCACGGAGGAGGAAGUCAAGGACGUUGAGAUCUGGAAAAUGGAUUCGAUGGAUGUUAUUUAA